CUGGAAGUUAUGGUUAUUAAUUUAGGGAGUGUCAAAAUCACUCUCCUGUAAAAUUCAUCGUCAUUGAUGAUGCUGUCGUAGUUGAGUUGAGUAUAUGCCUGUCCCCCUCUGUUCCUCAUUGGCAUUUUUUUUUGGCCGAAGAUGCAGGGGACCUGUCUGGUCGCCCUCUAUAAUUGUCAUUUCCCCGACAAUACAGAGGACUCUCUCUCUCUCUCUCUCUCUCUCUCUCAAUAUCAAGAUGGGAAAGAAGCUUGUAAAGUACAGUGUGGUGGACGCGUUCGCGGACUCGGCGUUCAAGGGAAGCCCGGCGGCGGUCUGCUUGUUGGAGGAAGACAGAGACGACGAGUGGUUGCAAUCCGUUGCUGCUGAGUUCAACCUCGCCGUAACCUGUUACUUGACUCGGAUCGCUGAGCCUGAGCCGGAGGUUCGUGACUCAGUCCCGAACCCAAGGUUCCGCCUCCGAUGGUUCAAUCCUCUUGCCGAGGUGAAACUCUGUGGUCAUGGAUCCUUGGCAGCUUCACACUUUCUGUUCAAUUCAGGUUUAUUCCAAUCCAACAAUAUAGAGUUUCUUACACUAUCAGGAGUUUUGACUGCCAAAAGGGUUCCAGAAACCAAACAAGCAGAUUUCUUAAACUCGGAGAACGGCGAAGCACAACGUUACUUUUCAAUUGAGUUGAAUUUUCCAGCAACUCCACUUACUGAAUUUGACUCUGCUGAGAUCCCGUGGAUUUCUAAAGCCUUGAACGGUGCUUCCAUGAUUGACAUGAAGAAGACAACUCCCGAUCGUGACCUCUUGGUUGUGCUUCCAUCCGGAAAGACUGUUGCAGACCUACAACCCCAAUUCGAUGAGAUAAUACGAUGGCCCGGAAGGGGAGUAAUUGUCACGGGGAUCGCUCCCCCUGGAUCUGGGUUCGACUUCUUUAGUCGCUUCUUCUGUCCAAAAUCGGGGAUCAACGAGGAUCCUGCUUGCGGGACUGCACAUUGUGCCUUAGCAAACUACUGGUCUAAAAAGCUGGGGAAAUGUGAUUUCGUUGCGUAUCAGGCAUCACCUCGAGGUGCCAUAUUUAACCUCCAUUUGGAUGAAAAGAGUCAAAGAGUACUACUUCGGGGGAAAGCCAUCUCUAUAACGGAAGGUUAUCUUUUGGUUUAAUUUGGAGUUACCCCGUCUUUUCUUGUAUGAAUCAAAUGAAAUAAAACGCUGGUGAUGGGUGGAAGGUGCACUCCACAUAUUCUGUAAAACUACAUUCGUUCCUACUAUUUAAAAUGAAUGUACUUAUUUCCUUUUCAAGUUUA